AGUCCCAGGAGCUGCAGAAAGGGUAGGGUUGCCUGAAUGUGGUGCUGAACCAGGACAGCCAGGUGUGAGGGUCACAUUUCCUGGAUAGGGGAAGACAAGCAUCCUUACAAGGUCUAAAUUUCUCGCUGCUCCUGUUCACAAAAAUGCUUUUUAUCUUCAACUUCUUGUUUUCCCCACUUCCAACCCCGGCCCUGAUCUGCAUCCUGACAUUUGGAGCCGCCAUCUUCCUGUGGUUAAUCAACAGACCUCAGCCAGUCUUUCCUCCUAUCGACCUAAACAACCAGUCCGUAGGAAUUGAGGGAGGAGCACGGAAGGGCCCUCUCCAGAAGAACAACGACCUAGUAUCGUACUACUUCUCAGACGCUAAAACCAUGUAUGAAAUUUUCCAGAGAGGACUCGCUGUGUCUGACAAUGGGCCCUGCUUAGGAUACAGAAAACCAAACCAGCCCUACAGAUGGCUGUCCUACAAACAGGUGUCUGAUCGAGCAGAGUACCUGGGCUCCUGCCUCUUGCAUAAAGGAUAUAAGCCAUCACCAGACCAAUUUGUUGGCAUCUUUGCUCAAAAUAGACCAGAGUGGAUCAUCUCUGAGUUGGCCUGUUACACAUACUCCAUGGUAGCUGUCCCUCUGUAUGACACCUUGGGAGCUGAAGCCAUCAUAUACAUUGUCAACAAGGCUGAUAUUGCCACAGUCAUCUGUGACACACCCCAAAAAGCAUCAGUACUAUUAGGGAAUGUGGAAAAGGGUCUCACCCCAGCUCUGAAGAUGAUCAUUCUCAUGGACCCUUUUGAGGAGGACCUAAAGCAAAGAGGGGAGAGGAUUGGCGUUGAGAUCUUAUCCUUGUUUGAUGCCGAGAAUCUAGGAAAAGAGAACUUCAGAAAGCCUGUGCCUCCUAAACCAGAAGACCUGAGUAUCAUCUGCUUCACCAGUGGAACCACAGGUGACCCCAAAGGAGCCAUGCUGACUCAUCUAAAUAUCGUUUCUAAUGCUUCCUCUUUCCUCUAUCGUGUAGAGGAUACUUUUUUCCCCUGCCCUGAAGAUGUGAGCAUAUCGUACCUCCCCUUGGCUCAUAUGUUUGAGAGGAUUGUGCAGGCUGUUGUGUACGCCUGUGGAGCCAAAGUUGGGUUCUUUCAAGGAGAUAUUCGGUUGUUACCUGACGAUAUGAAGACUCUGAAGCCCACGGUGUUUCCCACAGUGCCACGACUCCUUAACCGGGUCUACGAUAAGGUACAAAAUGAAGCCAAGACGCCCUUGAAGAAGUUCUUGUUAAACCUGGCUAUUGCCUGUAAAUUCAAUGAAGUGAAAAAGGGCAUCAUAAGGAAGGACAGUAUCUGGGACAAACUCAUCUUUGCAAAGAUUCAGGAGAGCCUGGGCGGGAAGGUGCGCAUCAUGGUCACCGGAGCUGCCCCCAUCUCCUCUCCCAUCUUGACUUUCCUCCGGGCAGCAAUGGGAUGUCCGGUCUUUGAAGCUUAUGGUCAAACUGAAUGCACAGCUGGCUGUACCUUUACAUCACCUGGGGACUGGACCUCAGGUCAUGUCGGAGCUCCCCUGGCUUGCAAUCAUGUGAAGCUGGAAGAUGUUGCUGACAUGAACUACUUUUCAGUGAACAGUGAAGGAGAGAUCUGCAUCCGAGGCACCAACGUGUUCAGAGGAUACCUGAAGGAACCUGAGAAGACAAAAGAAGCCCUGGACAAGGAUGGCUGGCUUCACACAGGAGAUAUUGGCCGCUGGCUCCCAAAUGGGACUCUGAAGAUCAUUGACCGAAAAAAGAACAUUUUUAAGCUGGCCCAAGGAGAAUACAUUGCUCCAGAGAAGAUAGAAAAUAUCUACAUCAGGAGUAGACCAGUGUCACAAAUUUUUGUCCAUGGAGAAAGCUUACGGUCAUCCUUAGUAGGAAUUGUGGUUCCCGACCCAGAUGUGUUUCCCUCAUUUGCAGCCAAACUUGGGAUUAAGGGCUCCCUUGAAGAAUUGUGCCAAAACGAAAUAGUGAAGGAAGCUGUUUUAGAAGACUUGCAGAAAACUGGGAAAGAAGGUGGCCUUAAAUCCUUCGAACAAGUCAAGAAAAUCUUUCUUCAUUCAGAACCAUUUUCCAUUGAAAAUGGACUCUUGACACCAACAUUGAAAGCAAAGCGGGGAGAACUUUCCAAAUACUUCCGAGUGCAGAUCAAUAGCCUGUAUGAGACCAUCCAGGAGUAG